GUUCAUGCUCUUGAGAUGUCCUGUAUUCCACUGUAAAUGAAACCAGCGUGUUCCAGCUCUGAGGUACAGCGAGCCCCAAAAAUGAGGAGUAGUGAUGCUGCCUCUAGACUUUUGGUUCCUUUUUCUGAUGAUAAUGAAAGCMAACAGUCAAAAUCUAUUCAAAGAAAGAGAGUGCUUCCAUCUUGGAUGCUGGAAGGAGAUCUCCCAGUACAGAGUUUUUCYGAGCCUCUAAUGACAGGAGGUAGCAGGAAGAAAAAAGGCCAAGAAAGGGAAGAAGAUCAUACAGAGACAUUAAAAUCAGAAAUGCAUGUGCAGCAGAAAAGAAGAUUAGCUUCUGAAGAAGCUGUUGGUGAUUUUGAAGGUGGAGAGCAAGAUCAAGGGAAAAGGAGCUGCCUUUCCAUCCCUGUUCCUUCAUCUCAGAAUACAUCUGAAUUUCCUCUUGAGAAUACCAUCAGAGAUAUGGAAGGAAAUGGCAAGACUGCAACAAAAMACCGUGGAAGUUCUCUGGAAAAAAAUGAUAGGCAGUUGCAUAGCAAAUGGUCUAAAAGAGUAGGUCAGACCUCCAGUAAAGACAAUAGAAUUGUGGAAACAGAAAACAAAGAGCAGAUUACUGGUUCUACAAGCCAACAAGCUCACUUGGGCAGGACUUCUCAGUAUUUUGGUGCCCAGGAAGGGAUUCUUGAACCUGAUGCAAAUCUGGAUUACAACACUGAGAUUUCUGAUUCAACCAGAAGUGCAGAUGCUUCAGAAAGCUCCAAACAGAUCCAGCAUAAGAGGACACCUUGCAUGUAUGGAAGUGCCUGUUACAGGAAGAAUCCCGUUCACUUCCAGCARUUCAGUCAUCCUAAUGAUGACGACUAUCAUGACAUGGUGAUGAUGGCUCAGGAUGACAAUGACAACCGGCCUGAGUGUCCAUAUGGAACAGCUUGUUACAGGAAGAAYCCCCAGCACAAGCUGGAAUACAAGCACAGUGCACCUCCAGUUACUGAAAUUACACAACAACAAACUUCAAGCAAUGAUGAAUGCAUUCURAAGAAGGCUGUGGAGAAGGACCGUGCCAAUGAUGGUGAAGCCAAUGAAUAUGACCUCAAAGACAGCUUUACAGAUGAGGAGGAGGAGGAGUGCGAACCUACUGAUGAAGACUCAGACUGGGAACCAAGUUCAGAAGAAAAGGAUWACGAAGAUGUUGAGACACCCGUGAAAGAAGCACAUAGAUUUGUUAGGAACAAAAAAUAGCUGCUCAGGACAGCCUUAUGAAUGUMCAGUGUGGUAGUGUUAAAAUAUGGUUGCACAACAGAGAGAAAUGGUUUGAAUUUUUUUUUCUCCGUGAUGCAGGCACUACAUUAAGAUAUUAAUGGCGGUGAAGGGAUUCUCUAAUGUCUUUCUUGUCCAUAUGUAUUAUUUUGGGGCUGGUGUGGUGUUCAUUAAGUCAUGGCUCAGAGGAUAGAGCUCUGAAAAAUUUUGGUUUUCGUUUAUUUUCUCAUCAUUUUUUUUUUGUCAAUACCAUUGGUGUCUCAUUUCAAACUAUUUUGAAAUAGUUUUAAAGGUUGAAAAAACUUCAUCUUUCUGUGCUUGAAAGAAAUACUGGCAUUAAGAAAGCCUAAACCAUUUGUUGUUGUUAAGUUAAUGCACUUUUAAACUUAACUAUUUUGCUCCCAGCUUUCCUUKUAGCUGUGGUUUUAUUGGUUCUCUUGAGUACAGUAGUUAAAUACAGGUUGUCUACAUCACUUGAGAGCAGGAUCUCAGUGUAUCAAACUACUUGGUUGGCUCAACAACAAUUAUGGUGUAUUUGCUCUARUUAAAACAGUACUUCUUUCUGUGUGCAUCACUGGAACUGUGUCCAAUUCUCAGCAAAGCUGAUSUCUUGAUGACUGAAGUCUUAUAUUUUUGCACAAUUAAACUUGUUACAUACA